UUAUAAUAGGUUUUUUUUUAUCCAAAAAAAGGAAUAUAUGUUUUUAUUUUUUUAAUUUGCAAUUUUUUCUCUCUUUCUUCCUUGAUUUUUUUUUUUCUAGAUAUACUCCUUGGCUUCCUCACCUUCGCUGCUCUUUCUCCGACAAUGGUAGUGGUUUUUUCUUCUCCAACACAAAUAAGGUGGCUUCUUUUCUGACAACAACGACGACCUCUUUUGAGGAAACGCUACAAGAUCUCUCAUUUGGAAACUCAAAUCCCUUGUCUUCUCCGUCGCCGCCUCUUAUGAUCUCCGUCAUCUCAUCUCCGGCGGUCCAUGUCAUCUGCGGUUUUCAACAAUCUACAAUACUAAUCUUCUUCAUUGAUUCUUCAAUUUUUUUUUUUGUUUCAUUUCUUUCUAAUCGGAUGAAAAGGACUGAAAGGAUUAAAGAAUAAUACAAAUGGUUGAAGAUGGGGUGUUGAGAAUUAGGAUUUACAUAUAACACAAGGAAAGGGUGUGAAAGAGGUUUAAAGAACAACACAGUAGUGAAGUGUAUAGAAAUAGGAUAAAAAGGGUAUAAUGGGUAAUAAUAAUUUUAAUGAGAAGAAAUGUAGGCUUACUUAGCAAAAAAAAAAAAAACACCAAAUGUACGUCGUGGUUACCAAUCUAGUAAACCAAACUGAAUUUUUCCAAUCUCAAUAAUUAGGGAAUUUUGCUCACCGAUUUGCACUGCAAAAUUCUCUUUGAGUUAUCUAAAGUUGUAUUAGAUUAAUUAUUUGAUUCAAUAAAUUAAAAAAAAAAAGAUGUUUUUGACCCAAAAAAAAAGAAGAAGAAAAAUCCACUUCAUUUUCAUUUUCACUUCCAUUUUCGGAUUUUCCAUCCGAAAUCAAAAUCUCUUCGUUCUGUCUCUCUCUUCUUUCUCUCUCUUCCAUUCUAUCUAUCCAUUCCUGUCCAUCGCCGACAACCGCCAAUUCCCUCCAUUUCAAAGCAAACCCCUUUCUCUUCUCGGCUGUUGCUUUGAACUUGAAAGGUGCUGAACUAUUUUCCAUUCUCUUUUGCAAAUUUACAUCUGUUCUGCAAAUACUUUCUUCACGGACCUUGCAUUUGAGAAAUGUUGCUGGAGCUUCUUGAUCCUGAUUGCAGAAUACCUUUGAUUAGUGGAUGUAUUACCUGGCUUUCUGGAGUUGAAAUUUGAAUUUCCACCUCAGCAAUAUUGCUUGCAUCACAUAGAAACUUUCAAUAUCAAUUGAUUUUACUUCUCAAAUUGGUUUAAGAUGUCAGAAAUUGACAUGGCAGUUAUUAAACCUGAGAUGAUGAAGCCUUAUAUCUGGCUUGAGACAUCCGAUGGUUCAAUCCAACAAGUGGAACAAGAAAUUGCAAUGUAUUGCCCUCUGAUUUGUCAAGAAAUAAUACAAAAAGGCAUGGGAUCUUCCAAGAAUUGUGCAAUAUGUCUUCCUCAACGAGUCAGUCCUGCGACGUUGAGCUUAAUUCUUGAUUAUUGUCAUUUUCAUCAAGUACCAGGUCGCUCAAACAAGGAACGAAAGUCUUAUGAUGAGAAAUUCAUUAGGAUGGACACAAAGCGGCUAUGUGAGUUGACAUCUGCUGCAGACAGCCUUCAGUUAAAGCCAUUGGUUGAUCUUACAAGUCGUGCACUUGCUCGGAUAAUUGAAGGAAAAUCUCCAGAGGAGAUACGCGAGAUAUUUCAUCUGCCUGAUGAUCUUACUGAGGAAGAGAAGUUGGAGCCCUUGAAAAACACAACUGAUGACCCAAGGAUCAGGCUUUUGAAUAGAUUGUAUGCCAAAAAGAGGAAAGAACUAAAAGAGCGUGAGAGGUUAAAGAAUGUUGAAGCUGAAGAAGAGCAUGUAGAUGAACGUUCAGUUGAUGACCUUUUGUCUUUUAUAAAUGGAAAUGAUGGAGAUCCAAAGGGAGUUAAAACUUCUAAGAAUAAAAAGAAAAAUAGAAGAAAAAAAGAGCAACAGCAGAAGAACUCUUCUCUGAAGGAAGCUUCUGAAGUGAAUAAGGAAGUAAAUGGUCAAAAUAUCAGACACCAAAGUGCUGAAGCUGAUAGAAUUGCUGAGACCUCAAAUUCACAUACAGAAGACGUUUUUGCUCAUAGAGAGUUUGAUGAUGGAGAUAUAGAUGAUGGGAUUGAUCCUGCAUUAAAGGAAAAAAUUGACAGGGAAGUGGAAGAUUUUGCCCGCCGAUUGAAUUCUGACUGGCCAGAGAGGAUGCAAGAACUUCUAUCAUCAGGACAAGAAAGGAAGACAAUACUUUUUACUCCCAACGGAAAUAGUUUUCUGAGGCGAAACGCUUGACUUGACUUGGAUGGAUUGGAAAUGAAUGCGUAAAAGAUUGCAAGCCUACCCAGAUGACCAGUGGCUUGAACAAUUUUGAGAGAUACUGACACAUGCUAGAAAAUUGUUGCAUGUCAGUUUUUUUUUUAAUUUUUUUCCCCUUACUGUUUAAAUUUAUUCUUUUUUGGUUCAUUGUUGGUGUUUAGCUCCGGUGCUAUUUGCUGCUGGGGGCUUUCUCUUGUACUUAUAGGAAAGAAAUAAAAAAAGGUUCUGAGCUUGUGUGGAUGAUAUCUUUUUUGUGUGAAUUUGCUUUUGGUUUGUUC